GGGGUGGUUGCUUGUGGCUUGUUUGAACCUGUGAAGGAUAGAUGCUGUCCCUAAGCUACUUCCCUGGCUUCUAAGGAGGAUUUUAAACUGGGCAAGAUGAUGCCAGCAUGAUCUGUCUCCUUUAGCCCUAGCUCUUGAAUCUCCCAUUCUAGACCACACACCAAGCAGGCCUAUCCUCACUCAGCCCACCCUCCCCACACGCACACACACACACACACACACACACACACACACACACACAAACCACCUACCCUUCACGCUGUGUGGCAUGAUCUGGGCCUCUGUGCCCAGACUGGCAGAUAACAAUGCUCCCGUUGUAUCUCUGCUCCCAUCUCUGGGGGCCUCUGAUUCUUCUUUCUGCUCCAAAGGCUCGCAGCACUGACAGCCUGGAUGGCCCAGGGGAGGGCUCAGUGCAGCCCCUGCCCCCCACUGGGGGGCCCAGUGUGAAGGGGAAGCCUGGGAAGAGGCUCUCUGCUCCACGAGGCCCCUUCCCUCGGCUGGCCGACUGUGCCCAUUUCCACUACGAGAACGUUGACUUUGGCCACAUCCAGCUUCUGCUGUCUCCAGAGCGCGAAGGCCUCAGCUUCUCUGGAGAGAAUGAGCUGGUGUUUGGGGUGCAGGUGACCUGUCAGGGUCGCUCCUGGCCAGUUCUCCGUAGUUAUGAUGACUUUCGUUCUCUGGAUGCCCACCUCCACCGAUGCAUAUUUGACCGGAGGUUUUCCUGCCUUCCAGAGCUUCCCCCACCCCCAGAAGGUGCCAGGGCUGCGCAGAUGCUGGUUCCACUGCUGCUGCAGUACCUGGAGACGCUGUCAGGACUGGUGGACAGUAACCUCAACUGUGGGCCUGUGCUCACCUGGAUGGAGCUGGACAACCAUGGCCGGCGCCUGCUCCUUAGCGAGGAGGCUUCGCUCAAUGUCCCGGCUGUGGCUGCGGCCCAUGUGGUCAAACGCUACACAGCCCAGGCACCUGACGAGUUGUCUUUCGAGGUGGGGGACAUCGUGUCUGUGAUUGACAUGCCGCCCACAGAGGACCGGAGCUGGUGGCGGGGCAAGCGAGGCUUUCAGGUUGGUUUCUUCCCCAGCGAGUGUGUAGAACUCUUCACUGAACGGCCAAGCCCGGGCCUCAAAGGGGAUGCUGACAGUCCCCUCAGUGGUGUCCCAGCUGCCCAGGGCGUAUCUGCACUGACCUCAGCUGUGCCCCGGCCACGUGGAAAGCUGGCUGGCCUGCUCCGAACUUUCAUGCGCUCACGUCCAUCACGGCAGCGACUGAGGCAACGGGGCAUUCUUCGUCAGAGAGUGUUUGGCUGUGACCUCGGGGAGCAUCUCAGCAACUCCGGCCAGGAUGUGCCCCAGGUGCUUCGCUGCUGCUCUGAGUUCAUUGAGGCUCAUGGGGUGGUGGAUGGAAUCUACCGGCUCUCAGGCGUGUCGUCCAACAUCCAGAGGCUGCGGCAUGAGUUUGACAGUGAGCGGAUCCCCCAGCUGUCUGGCCCCGCCUUCCUGCAGGACAUCCACAGCGUGUCCUCACUCUGUAAACUCUACUUUCGGGAGUUGCCCAACCCCUUGCUCACCUAUCAGCUUUAUGGAAAGUUCAGUGAAGCCAUGUCAGUGCCAGGGGAGGAGGAACGCCUGGUGCGGGUCCAUGAUGUCAUCCAGCAGCUGCCCCCGCCGCACUAUAGGACCCUUGAGUACCUGCUAAGGCACUUGGCCCGCAUGGCAAAACACAGUGCCAACACCAGCAUGCAUGCCCGCAACCUGGCCAUUGUCUGGGCACCCAACUUGUUACGGUCUAUGGAGCUGGAGUCCGUGGGGUUGGGCGGCGCUGCUGCCUUCCGGGAGGUGCGGGUGCAGUCGGUUGUGGUAGAAUUCCUGCUCACACAUGUGGAUGUCCUGUUCAGCGACACCUUCGCCUCGGCUGGCCUGGACCCUGCAGGCCGCUGCCUCCUCCCCAGGCCCAAGUCCCUUGCGGGCAGCAGCCAGUCCACCCGCCUGCUGACGCUGGAAGAAGCACAGGCGCGCACCCAGGGCCGGCUGGGGACACCCACGGAACCCAUCGCUUCCAAAGCCCCAGCUUCACCUGCCCAAAGGAGGAAGGGGGAGAGAGGUGAGAAGCCUCGGAAGCCUGGAGGCAGCAGCUGGAAGACCUUCUUUGCCCUGGGCCGGGGCCCCAGCAUCCCCCGGAAGAAGCCUCUGCCCUGGCUGGGGGGCACUCGCACCCCAGCGCAGCCUUCAGGCAGUCGCCCUGACACAGUCACGCUGCGUUCUGCCAAGAGUGAGGAGUCGCUGUCAUCGCAAGCCAGCGGGGCUGGCCUCCAGAGGCUGCACAGGCUCCGGCGGCCACACUCCAGCAGCGAUGCGUUCCCGGUGGGCCCUGCACCAGCAGGCUCCUGUGAGAGUCUGUCUUCCUCUUCCUCUUCCUCCGAGUCCUCCUCCUCGUCAUCCGGGUCCUCCUCUGAGUCCUCAGCAGCUGGGCUGGGGGCGCUCUCUGGUUCUCCCCCGCACCGUACUUCUGCCUGGUUGGAUGAUGGUGAUGAGCUGGACUUCAGCCCGCCUCGCUGCCUGGAGGGGCUCCGGGGCCUUGACUUUGACCCCCUUACCUUCCGCUGCAGCAGCCCCACUCCCGGUGACCCUGCACCUCCAGCCAGUCCAGCUCCCCCUGCUUCUGCCUCUGCCUUCCCACCCAGGGCGACCCCCAAGACCCUCUCCCCCCGAGGCCCCACCAGUCCUGCCUCUCCAACAGCCCUGGACAUCUCAGAGCCCCUGGCUGUCUCAGUGCCACCUGCCGUCCUGGAGCUGCUGGGAGCAGGGGGCACACCUGCCUCAGUCACCCCAACACCAGCCCUCAGCUCCAGCCCCAACCUGCGCCCUCAUCUCAUCCCCCUGCUGCUGCGAGGUGCAGAAGCACAGUUGAGUGACAACUGCCAACAGGAGAUCAGCAGCAAGCUGGCACUGCCAGGCCCCCGGGGUGUACAAGGCCAGCCCAGUCCCAGGAUGGACUCCCCACGACUGGCCCCUCCACUCUCCCUCCUGAGGCCUGGGGGAGCCCCGCCCCCACCCCCCAAGAACCCAGCACGCCUCAUGGCCCUGGCCCUAGCUGAGCGGGCUCAGCAGGUGGCCCAGAGACAGAGCCGACAGGAGCACAGGAGCACCCCAUCUGCCUCCCGCUCCCCUUUCCGCCGCUCACUGUCCUUGGAGGUGGGCAGUGAGUCCCCAGAGACCCCAGGGAGUGGGCUCCCCUCCAACUCCCUAGCCCACUCUGGUGCCUGGGCUCCGGGCCCCCUACCCUCCCUCCCAAGGCAGCAAAGUGAUGGGAGUCUGGUGAGGAGCCAGAGGCCCCCAGGCACCUCCAGGAGGGGGCUCAGAAGCACUGCCCAGGCCAGUGCCCCGCUUAGGGGAGAUGGGAGCAGAGAGGCCCCCGAGACAGCAGCCCAAUUCCCUUGUCCUGUCCCCUCACAGCUCCCUGCGCCCAGCUUUUCAGCCCCCCGGGAGUGCUUGCCACCCUUCCUGGGGGUCCCUAAGUCUGGCUUCUAUUCCCUGGGCUCCCCAUCCUUCCAGCCCAGCUCCCCAGCCCCGGUCUGGAGGACCCCUCAGGGCCCAACAGCACUGGAUAGAGGAGAGAACCUGUACUAUGAGAUUGAGGCGGGUGAGGGGUCUCCCUACUCUGGUCCCCCCCGAUCCUGGAGUCCCUUUCGCUCUGUGCCCCCCGAUCGGCUCAAUGCCUCCUAUGGCAUGCUUGGCCAGUCACCUCCACUCCAUAGCUCCCCCGACUUCCUGCUCAGCUACCCCCCGCCCCCUUCCUGCUUUCCCCAUGACCACAUGGUCUACUUGGCCCCCCAGCAAUCUGUGCGGCGACCCCCGCGGCCCGAGCCCCUCUAUGUCAACCUGGCCCUUGGGCCCAGGGGCCCCUCACCUGCUUCUUCCUGCUCUUCUUCCUCUCCUCCUGCCCACCCCCGAAGCCGUUCAGAUCCAGGGCCCCCAGCCCCCCGCCUCCCUCAGAAGCAGCGGUCCCCCUGGGGUCCUCAUACCCCUCACAGGGUACCUGGGCCCUGGGGCCCUUCUGAACCUCUCCUGCUCCGUAGGGCAGCCCCACCACCCUAUGGCAGAGGGAGUGAGCACCACCGAGGCUCCUUGUACAGAAAUGGGCCAGGAAGGGAGGGGGCUGGUCCCCCACCUCCCUACCCUACUCCCAAUUGGUCCCUCCGCUCCGAGGGCCAGACCCGCAGCUACUGCUGAGCCCAAGGUGGCUCAGCCCCCCGAGUCCCUCCCUGCUGUGGCCCCACCCUCUCCUGGUUCAUAUUUUCUUGAGCUCUGGACCCCUAUCCCGGUUUCUAACUUUGUAACUUGCUUCUGAUACUGCCCCCUAACCUGUUCCCACAGCCGCCCUCCUCCCUGCCCCUCCACCCUGGGGCUCACGCCCAAAUCUGAGGGCCAGGAUGACACUCCAUCCUCCCUCUCCCUCUCCCAAGAGCCCCAGGCACGUGCAUGGGCGUGGGGGGACGCUUUUGCUCCCCUGCCCCUACCCCCACUAACCAUCUGACAAAAUUAAUAAAAAGUGACAAGGUGGCUGCUAGCGUUGUGCUGGGCCAGGCUUCACGAAUAAAGGCACAGACAGACAU